UUUCGGGCGGUCUUCCAGUGACGUUAUACAAUGUCCGGAUUUGUUCUACAGGUCUAGUUUAUGACUUCGGGAUUCGAUACGAACACAUACACCAGCAGACCAUUUGAAAGACCAAACAAAAUAAAACGCUGAGUUUGCGAUAAAAGAGUUGGGCUUUGCGAGAUUUUAUAAGACACGAAGUGUGUGCUGCAGGAAAUAUACAUCAGUGUGAACAGUGGCAAGCUUGGAAGAGGACAGUUAUCGCGGGCACUCUGGAGGAAGACAUUGUUGACAUCACAUCCCAAUAAUUGAUAAAAAUGAGUCGGUCAUCUUCAAAAGGCACAGUGCAGCAGAAGAAAUGUCCAAAAUGCUGUGAAGUCAAGCCAGACUUCAAAUGCAUGGUUUUAAUCAACUGCCAGCACAUGGUUUGCAGAUCAUGUUUGAGCUUAUAUUUGAAGUACUGCGGAAAAUCGGGGCAUCGAUGUCCUGUGGAUGAUUGUGAAAAACUAAUGGAAGAAGCUGAGGUACGAGAUAUUAUGGAGCACACGCGACCGACGUGUGAGCUGGCACCGGUGGCAAAUCAUUGGAAUUGGAGUUCACGGCGGGAGGAAAAAGUGCUGUCAAGAAGCGAGAAGGAGCCUGGAUAUUCAAGCUACUUUCCAAAGGAAGAUUUUCCAAAAUUGCCAUCAUCGUCUUUGGAGGCUUCAAAGGACUCGGAAUCGAAUAAAUACAGAAAAGUUAUUGAUGAACCAGUUCCAAGAGCAUCGGGAUCGUAUGAAUCGUUCAAAUCUUCAAGAAAGGAAAAAUAUGAUGAAAAUCAGAAUGAGAUGCAAACUGAUGUUAAGGAUUGGGAUUCAACAUCCAGGAUUCGUUUACGAAAACUUAUUGCAGAAAAAAUGCAUAAAAGUGUAGAUUUCGUGUUCGUCGCAUCCGAAGCUGAACUCUCACUCAACAUGAGUUCUGUAGAAUGCUUGAUAUGUCAAGAUUACAUGAAAACCGGUGAAGGAUUUACCUUCCCCUACUGUUCCAGUUAUUUUUGUCGAACUUGUUUGACUCAGCCGAAGUCGUUUAGAAAUGAUGUCAUUCUGUUGUAUAAGGACUCUACAAAUGAGAGCAAGAAUUGUGCCGUAAUCAUUAAUACAGAGAUGAAAAGCUUUCUGCAGAAAUUAAUUGACGUACCAACGAAUAAAGUUAGCUCCUUGGUAUCGAUUUAUGAAAACAGUGAUGCCGAGCAUUUUCAUGGUAAAAAGUCUGCCGAUAACACCAAGAAAUGCACACCAUCGACAUCUCUUGAUGCAACACUGAACAAAUCUGCUGGCAGAACUUCUCAGCUAGAUUCCAUGUCUGAGGCAGUUCUUGUUCAUACUUCGAAUCCGUCCACGUGUGAAUUUUGCUACCAUCAAAUCGAGGCAAAAAGAGGUGUGAUUCUACGAAGCUGCUUCCAUGUUCUGUGUAAAGGCUGCUUGAUUGAAACAAUUAUGAAAACUCUCGAAACUGGCGUGGAAGUCCGUUGUCCCAUGGUGCUGGAAAAUAACCGGCGUUGCAAGACGAUUAUUCAGGAGAGGGAAAUCAAAAGUUUGCUAACUGCGAAUCAAUAUGAUGUUUAUGAGAGGAAAUGUCUGGAAGCAGCAGAAAAUGCCAUUGGCUCCAGCGUUCAUUGUUUGAAGCCAAACUGUACCGGCUGGAUCGUUAUUGAAGGCUAUAAGGAAUCUUUCAGCUGCCCGGUGUGCUCCAGUGUAAAUUGUUUGUCGUGCAAGGCAAUUCACCGAGGUAAAACAUGCAGCACAUAUCAAGCUGAAAAGGGACCGAAAUGUGACAAGGAUUUGUCAUUGAAAGAAAAACUGAUGGCGCUGGAUGCGCAACAGAAAAUACGUUGUCCCGAGUGUAUGAGCGAUAGUUUGAAUCCUCCAAACAAUAAUUUUAUAAGGUGUAGGGAUUGUCGUAACGUGUUUUCUCCGCCAAAACCUGAAUCGAAAAAGUAACUGUUAGGCUUAUUUUGACUGAAAAAUAAAACAUUUUUUCCUCUCAU